AUGGUGCUGCUGCUGCUGGUGGCCAUCCCGCUGCUGGUGCACAGCUCCCGCGGGCCAGCGCACUACGAGAUGCUGGGUCGCUGUCGUAUGGUAUGCGACCCGCACGGGCCCAGAGGCCCGGGCCCCGACGGUGCGCCCGCCUCUGUGACCCCCUUUCCACCAGGCACCAAGGGAGAGGCGGGGCGGCGCGGGAAGGCAGGCCUCCGGGGGCCUCCGGGACCACCAGGCCCCAGAGGACCUCCAGGAGAGCCUGGCAGGCCAGGGCCCCCUGGUCCUCCCGGCCCAGGCCCUGGCGGAGCGGCGCCCCCUGCUGGCUAUGUGCCUCGCAUAGCCUUCUAUGCGGGUCUGCGGCGGCCUCACGAAGGUUAUGAGGUGCUGCGCUUCGACGACGUGGUGACCAACGUGGGCAACGCUUACGAGGCGGCCAGCGGCAAGUUCACCUGCCCUAUGCCAGGCGUCUACUUCUUCGCCUACCACGUGCUCAUGCGCGGCGGCGAUGGUACCAGCAUGUGGGCCGACCUGAUGAAGAACGGACAGGUUCGAGCCAGUGCCAUUGCCCAGGAUGCGGACCAGAACUAUGACUACGCCAGCAACAGCGUCAUCCUGCACCUGGAUGUGGGCGAUGAGGUUUUCAUUAAGCUGGACGGUGGGAAGGUGCACGGUGGCAACACCAACAAGUACAGCACCUUCUCUGGCUUCAUCAUCUACCCGGACUGA